AAUUAUCCCAAAGAUUUGAAGAGAGAGAGUGUGUGUGUGGAGGAGAGAGAAAGCUCAGUCAGUAAUGGCGAACCCAGCGAUCACCAAGUACGGAAUCGUAGGGAUCGGCAUGAUGGGAAGAGAACACCUCAUCAACCUCCACCACCUCCGCCACCACCAAAACCUCGCCGUCGUCUCCAUCGCCGAUCCCCACCCUCCCUCGCGUCUCCUCGCCGUCGAACUCGCCAAAUCUCUCAACUGGGAUGAUCUCAACGUCUUCUCGAACCACGAGGAGCUCCUCGAGAGCGAGACGUGCGACGUGAUCGUCGUCUCCUCGCCGAACAUGACUCACCACCGGAUCCUCAUGGACGUCAUCGCUUACCCCAAACCGCACCACGUCCUCGUCGAGAAGCCGUUAUGCACCAACGUCGCGGAUUGCAAAGAGGUUAUGGAGGCCGCGAAGAAACGGUCGGAUCAUAUGGUGGUCCAAGUCGGGUUGGAGUACAGGUACAUGCCACCUGUGGCUAAGCUUAUUGAGAGAGUGAGAGGAGGAGAGUUUGGUGAUGUUAAGAUGGUAGCAAUCAGAGAACAUAGGUUCCCUUUCUUGGUUAAGGUGAACAACUGGAAUAGAUUCAAUGUGAACACGGGAGGGACUUUGGUGGAGAAGUGCUGCCAUUUCUUUGAUCUGAUGAGGCUCUUUGCUUCUGCGAAUCCUGUUUCUGUGAUGGCUUCUGGAGGUAUGGAUGUUAACCACAAGGAUGAAGUUUAUGAUGGGAAGGUGCCUGAUAUAAUUGAUAACGCGUACGUUAUAAUUGAGUUUGACAAUGGAUGCCGUGGGAUGCUUGACCUUUGUAUGUUCGCUGAAGGAAGCAAAAACGAGCAAGAAAUCUCUGUUACUGGUCACAUUGGCAAGGGGGAAGCACUUGUUCCAGAGGGUAUAGUUAGAUUUGGGAGCCGUGCAGAGGGAAGAGAACAUGUUCAAACGAUAAAAGCUGAGGAUGAACGAAUAAAAUAUGAAGGGUUGCAUCAUGGGUCGAGUUACUUGGAACACCUCGUAUUUUUGUCGGCAAUCAGAGGUGAAGGACGAGCAGCUGUUGAUUUGGAAGACGGAUUGAUGGCUGUUGCCAUGGGAGUUGCUGCUCAGCUCUCCAUUCAGGAGCGCCGCUAUGUAUCCAUGGACGAGGUCUUGUGAGUUGUGAUAUAGAAGGAAACUUGUAAAUUUGGUACUAUUGCUUUCAUAUGCAAGACUUAAAUCUCUUUGUUGUAAGAUUUGCCAAGACUGAAUUUGGUUAUCGUUAUAUUAUGUGUAUAUAUAAGCUUCAGUCA